AUGGCAUCGACAUACGAUGUUGGCACGAGGGCGUGGCAGCCUGACGUUGCCGAGGGUUGGGUCGCUUCAGAGCUCGUCAGCAAAGAUGUUGACGGCUCAAAGGCCAAACUUGUUUUCAAGCUCGAUAAUGGAGAGACCAAAACUAUAGAGGUUUCCGUCGAUGCUUUACAAAGCGGCAAUGAUCCAACGUUACCGCCCUUGAUGAACCCUACGAUGCUCGAAGCUAGCGAUGAUCUUACAAAUUUAUCCCAUCUAAACGAGCCGGCUGUGCUCCAAGCUAUCAGGCUUCGAUAUCUGCAGAAGGAAAUCUACACAUACAGUGGAAUUGUUCUCAUUGCAACGAAUCCAUUUGCUCGUGUCGAUUCUCUAUAUGUCCCUGGGAUGGUACAAGUUUACGCUGGCAAGCAACGUGCGACGCAAGCUCCACAUCUCUUCGCGAUCGCCGAAGAAGCCUUCAUGGACAUGAUUCGAGACAACAAGAACCAGACCAUCGUUGUGUCCGGUGAAUCUGGUGCCGGGAAGACUGUGAGCGCCAAGUAUAUUAUGCGGUACUUCGCGACUAGAGAGUCACCCGAAAAUCCGGGAGCUCGCUCAAAACGUGGCCCUGAAGCUAUGAGCGAGACUGAAGAACAGAUCCUGGCUACUAACCCCAUCAUGGAAGCAUUUGGUAAUGCUAAAACGACGAGAAAUGACAAUUCCUCGCGAUUUGGAAAAUACAUCGAGAUUAUGUUUGACGAGAAAACGAAUAUUAUCGGGGCCAAGAUCAGAACCUACUUGUUGGAGCGGUCACGACUCGUUUUCCAACCCCUCAAGGAGCGCAACUAUCAUAUCUUCUAUCAGCUUGUCGCCGGUGCCUCCGACAGCCAACGUAAGGAGCUUGACAUAUUGCCUAUUGAGCAGUUCGAGUAUCUUAAUCAAGGCAAUUGCCCUACUAUUGAUGGUGUUGAUGACAAGGCUGAAUUCGAAGCAACAAAAAAGUCUCUACAGACGAUUGGCGUCUCAGAAAUGCAGCAGAAGGAUAUUUUCAAGCUUCUCGCCGGUUUGCUGCAUCUGGGUAAUGUCAAAAUCACAGCAUCCAGAACUGACAGCGUUUUGGCGCCAACGGAGCCGUCACUCGAGAAAGCCUGUGCCAUCCUCGGGGUGGAUGCGCCUGAAUUCGCCAAGUGGAUCGUUAAGAAGCAGCUCAUUACCAGAGGGGAGAAGAUCACGUCCAAUUUGAGUCAAGCCCAAGCCAUUGUUGUUCGUGACUCGGUUGCGAAAUUUAUCUACUCAAGUAUGUUCGACUGGCUGGUAGACAUCAUAAACCACAGCCUGGCGACAGAAGAAGUACUCAACCGGGUAAAAUCUUUCAUUGGAGUUCUGGAUAUAUAUGGAUUCGAGCAUUUUGCCAAGAAUUCUUUUGAGCAAUUUUGUAUCAAUUAUGCCAACGAGAAGCUGCAGCAAGAGUUCAACCAGCACGUGUUCAAGCUGGAACAGGAGGAAUAUCUCAGAGAACAGAUUGACUGGACUUUCAUCGAUUUCUCUGAUAAUCAGCCAUGUAUUGAUCUCAUUGAAGGAAAGCUGGGCAUCUUGUCCCUCUUGGAUGAGGAGUCCAGAUUGCCCAUGGGCUCUGAUGAACAGUUCGUGACCAAGCUUCACCACAAUUUUGCGGCCGACAAGCAGCAUUCGUUUUUCAAAAAACCGAGAUUUGGCAAAUCUGCGUUCACCGUUUGCCACUACGCUAUCGAUGUCACUUACGAGUCGGAAGGCUUCAUUGAGAAGAAUCGAGAUACUGUCCCAGACGAACACAUGACCGUCCUUCGGGCUACCACAAAUCCAUUCCUGAAGCAAGUGCUCGAUGCUGCCUCUGCUGUGAGGGAAAAGGAUGUCGCAUCUGCUUCCUCAAACGCCGUAAAGCCCGCUGCCGGUAGGAAGAUAGGCGUGGCUGUCAACAGGAAGCCGACGCUUGGUGGUAUUUUCCGAUCCUCUCUCAUUGAAUUGAUGAAUACAAUCAACAAUACUGAUGUCCAUUAUAUUCGGUGUAUCAAACCUAACGAGGCCAAGGCAGCGUGGCAGUUCGAAGGGCCCAUGGUUUUGAGCCAGCUGCGCGCAUGCGGCGUUUUGGAGACGGUUCGCAUCAGCUGCGCCGGAUAUCCUACUCGAUGGACGUAUGAAGAGUUUGCCCUAAGGUAUUACAUGCUCGUGCAUUCUGGCCAGUGGACCUCGCAGAUCCGUGAAAUGGCCAAUGCUAUCUUGACCAAAGCAUUGGGUACUAGCACAGGUAAGGGCCUUGAUAAGUAUCAGUUGGGCUUGACCAAGAUCUUCUUUCGUGCUGGUAUGCUCGCAUUUCUUGAAAACCUCCGAACAAAUCGACUUAAUGAGUGCGCUAUUCUUAUCCAGAAGAACCUGAGGGCAAAGUACUAUCGUCGCAGAUACCUGGAUGCUCGCGAGUCUGUCAUUCGUUCCCAGUCUGCCGCGAGAGCAUACAUCGCUAGAAGGCAGGCACAGGAACUGCGCACCAUCAAAGCGGCAACUAACAUUCAACGUGUUUGGCGUGGACAGAAGGAACACAAGAAGUUCUUGGCCAUCCGUAAGGAUAUGAUUCUCUUUGAAUCGGCAGCUAAAGGCUAUCUUCGACGAAAGCAGAUUAUGGAGACCAGGGUCGGCAAUGCCGCUCUUGUCAUUCAGCGGGCCUGGAGAUCUCGCCGACAACUGCAGUCGUGGCGCCAGUAUCGUAAGAAGGUCAUUCUGAUCCAGAGCCUGUGGCGCGGUAAGCGAGCGAGAAGAGGCUAUAAGAAGAUUCGCGAAGAGGCUCGCGAUCUUAAGCAAAUCUCUUACAAGCUGGAAAACAAAGUCGUAGAACUUACCCAGUCUCUGGGCUCUAUGAAGGAAAAGAACAAGAACCUUGCCGCACAAGUCGAGAAUUAUGAGAGUCAGAUCAAGUCAUGGAAGAACCGACAUAACGCACUCGAAGCGAGGACGAAGGAGUUGCAGACUGAGGCUAACCAGGCCGGCAUUGCAGUUGCCCGUUUGCAGGCGAUGGAGGAUGAGAUGAAGAAGCUUCAGCAGGCGUUCGACGAGUCAACAGUAAAUAUAAAACGAAUGCAGGAGGAAGAGCGCGAGCUCAGGGAAUCACUGCGUUUGUCAAGUACAGAGCUAGAAUCCGCCAAGCAAACUAGCAACGACAGGGAAAAGGACAACGUCAGCCUCAGACAGGAGCUUGAAGCUCUACGAGAUGCCCUGGAAGUGGCCAAGAGAACUGCUCCUGCCAAUGGGGAAAUCACGAACGGCGCCGCUGCCGCAGCAUCGACCGGUUCCGGGCUCAUCAACCUUGUUGCCUCGAAGAAGCCUAAGCGUAGAAGUGCUGGGGCUGAACCAAGAGAUUUGGAUCGCUUCAGUGGCGCUUAUAACCCUCGUCCAGUCUCCAUGGCUGUUACGAAUACGGCUCAUCGGCAGAACUUGUCUGGCACAACCUACAUUCCUGGUGUCGAUAACAUUGAAAUGGAGUUGGAAUCACUUCUCGCCGAUGAGGAUGGCCUAAAUGAAGAGGUGACCAUGGGCUUGAUUCGAAACCUCAAAAUACCCUCGCCGAACACAACACCGCCGCCGUCAGAUAAAGAAGUGUUGUUCCCCUCUUACCUCAUUAACCUGGUCACAUCAGAAAUGUGGAACAAUGGCUUUGUCAAGGAGUCGGAACGUUUUCUGGCAAACGUGAUGCAAUCCAUCCAGCAAGAGGUCAUGCAACAUGACGGGGAUGAGGCAAUUCACCCUGGCGCAUUUUGGCUCUCCAAUGUUCAUGAAAUGCUGUCAUUCGUUUUUCUUGCCGAGGAUUGGUACGAAACGCAGAAGACAGACAACUAUGAAUACGACCGCCUGCUCGAGAUCGUCAAGCAUGACCUGGAAAGUUUGGAAUUCAAUAUCUACCAUACUUGGAUGAAGGUGCUCAAGAAGAAGCUACACAAGAUGAUCAUUCCUGCCAUAAUUGAAUCACAGUCUCUUCCCGGCUUCAUUACCAAUGAGAGCAACAGAUUUUUGGGAAAGCUACUGCAAUCUAACUCUACCCCAGCAUACAGCAUGGACAAUCUAUUGAGCUUACUAAAUAGCGUCUUUCGUGCUAUGAAAGCCUUUUACUUGGAGGACUCCAUAGUCACGCAGACAGUUACCGAACUUCUUCGUCUCGUUGGCGUUACCGCAUUCAAUGACUUACUCAUGCGUCGCAACUUCCUCUCAUGGAAGCGGGGUUUGCAGAUCAACUACAACAUUACGCGGAUUGAAGAGUGGUGUAAGAGCCACGACAUGCCUGAAGGCACACUCCAACUUGAGCAUUUAAUGCAAGCAACGAAGCUUCUCCAGCUCAAGAAAGCUACACUAAACGACAUUGAAAUCAUCCAGGAUAUAUGUUGGAUGCUAUCCCCGAACCAGAUCCAAAAGCUGCUAAACCAGUAUCUGGUGGCAGACUACGAGCAACCCAUUAAUGGAGAAAUCAUGAAAGCUGUUGCGUCUCGAGUGACAGAGAAGAGCGAUGUAUUGCUACUUCAGGCAGUUGAUAUGGAUGACAGCGGACCCUAUGACGUUGCGGAACCUCGGGCGAUCACUGCACUUGAAACAUAUACCCCAUCCUGGUUGCAAACUCCUCGCUUGAAACGAUUGGCCGAAAUUGUCUCCGCCCAGGCCAUAGCGCAGCAAGAGAAGCUAGAGUACGGCAAUGGAGACGAAUUCGAAGGUCAAGAUGGCGAUAUUCCCGAGGCAGAUGAAACCGUUGUUGAACCUGCUCAUUAA